GAACUUAUACUAAUAGUUGGAACACGGGUUGGGUCGGGUUCUACGGGUUGUGUAAUCCAAAAUCCAAACCCAACCCAAAAGAAGCGGGUUGUACAAAAGAAAACCCUCACUCAACCCAAAAUCUUCGUUUUAGCGAUAAAUACGGAUGGGUUGGGUCGGGUUGGACGGGUGGAUCGGUUUGCGGGUGUGUUUGUUCACCCCUAGUUUUGACAUUAUUGCACGGCUUACUGAUGAUGAAAUAUUCUGAUUUGUGUUACCCUGUACUACUUAAAAGGAGAAAUUUGAAGUUGGAACCAAAACUGGUUUUGGCAGUAGCGAGAACAAGGUAAGCUCGAUCAACCAGUACUUAUAACUGUCGAUGAAGCGCGAUAGAAUUGAGUUCAUUAUUAACACAGGAAGACUAGAACAAGAAAAGAACAACCAAUCGUAUGCCGGCAUAAAAAUUUCCUUUCAUCAAUUCAGCUGCCCUGUGAUCUGUAACAAUAUUGUCUCGAGGAGGCUCUCUGGAGAUCAACUGUCGUCAUCAUCUAUUAUUAUCUCCCUGUUGUCGUAAACCGGUAUUACCCCACAAGUCUCCACAAUGAUUGGUAUUUCAACAGAACCACCUCCCUUGCCACUGGCUCUGCGCAUGGCCUGAAAGACGAACUUAAUGGUAGCAUCAUCUGUAACUGUGAUCUCCAGACCUGCGGAAGAAGAAUCCAGAGGUACGAAAACCUCCCUCAUCCAGUUAAGCUCAGAAUCAUACCAUAUUAAUAGGUUACUUCCCCGGUCAUCUGAAUCAAGGUUUUUACAAUAUAUUGGAACUCCCACGCAAGAACUCGCAGUUAUGACAUUCCCUGAUAGAAACCAACUUUCGUUCGGUUUCUAUAAUUAUUAUUAUAUUAGGGUAAUUAGUCUUUUAGUCGUAUUAGGUUAUUUGUUAGGGUUUUCUGGUUCUUUUCCUAUAUAUAUGUACGUUGUUAUUCAUCUAUUCAAUCAAUAAGAAGAAUAUUAAGCAAAUCUCCUAAACCCUAGUCUUCUCUAAUCCUCUCCAAUUCUCUUCUAUCCCUAUUCUGGCCACCGGCUUUCUGUUCUUGUUCUUCCCCAAUUCUAUUCCUGAUCCCCAAAUUCUCUUCUAAAUCCCUAAAUCUCCAUCAAUUCCCAAAUUCUCAACCCUAUCGAUAGAACCCUAGAAAUAGGUUUCUAUCAUUUGGUAUCAGAGCCCGGUUGCGAAUACGAGUUCAUCAUAACUCUUAACCGGGAACUAGUUCUACGUUUCUGAUUCAACUGAAUCUCCAUCCAUCCUCCGAUCCAUCUUAGCCCCCACCACCUCAUACCUCCAUAACCCUUCUCCUUACCAACACCGCCACCUAACUUCUCCACUUUGGUGCUCGUGUGCACAAGGAAUUGAUAUUCCUUAUUAUUUUGCUCACCAGAAAGAAAUCGUUUGGGGAAUAGCUUCCCUCAAGCAAAGCCCUCCGCAGCAACGUCAUCCCUAGCAAGUUUUUGCAGCCCACUGCAACCACCUUCAAUGACAACCAACUCUCUCGACGCCCUUCCCGCAGCAAUGGCGGCAGUUGAGGCCACCCUCACUCAAGCCAUCUCUCACCAGUUCGCGGAACUCCGUGCGAUGAUCGCCGACCUGGCCCAGUCCACCACCGCCAAAUACAACACCCUUGAGCAGAGGGUUCAAGCACUCGAGCGACUUCCGGUGUCGGUUGCGGCUGCCACAAUGAAAGAAGUGGCAAUCACCGCACCAGCUAAGCAGAUCGAGUUGCCCCCACCACCACCAAUGGCAGACAAGGAGACGCCAAAGGUUGCCUUCCCGGAUGACUCCACUGCGCCGCUAGCCAAAUCUAUGACUUCAUGGCUUGGCGGGAAACCCCUCGGUAUCGGCUUUCCAUUAGUCGGUCGUCUCUUGGGGAAUCAUACCAAUCCCGACGUCGACGACGACUUCGACGAUCAAGGAAGCAACGACUCCUACAUUACGCAGGGGAGGAAGUUUGCAGGCAACAGUUUUUCAGCCGACUCCAACGCAAGGCAUCGAGAUGUAGGGGGUUCGAAGCUCGUGAACUACAAGGUCCAUAAUUUCGGACCGAUCGAUUAUGGGCCACUUCGGAGCAAGCAGUAUGGGAAGCAGUAUGGUUCGAUCGAUUAUGGCUCUAGCCCUUUGAGCAAAGGUUCCCAACCAAACCAACAAUUGUUCGAUCCAAUGGACCGACAUGAGUCGGAUCACUAUUCAACAAGGCGAACCAAACAAGCUAAUUAUCGUGUCUACCAUGGCCGCGCGACGGCAUUUUUAAAGCCAGGACAGGUGUAUCGCGUGGAACAAAGCUGGAACGAUUCAUAUGAAGAUGAACGGGAGUUUGAUGAUGACGGGUACUGGCCUCCGCCAAGGCACUCCGACGAUCUCCACCCUCCAUCAAUCAAGACAGCUUCACGACGAUUCAGCCAUGAUGACGGGAGCGGGUUCAUCGGCCGCUCGAGUUAUAGAGACAAAGACGGGCCUAACUAUCAUACUCCUUUGGGCUCCAUAUAUCGAUAGGAUUAGUAACAUUAUUUUAUUUGGCAACCUUGAGGGCAAGGUUGGGCUCAAGGGGGAGGGGAUGAUAGAAACCAACUUUCGUUCGGUUUCUAUAAUUAUUAUUAUAUUAGGGUAAUUAGUCUUUUAGUCGUAUUAGGUUAUUUGUUAGGGUUUUCUGGUUCUUUUCCUAUAUAUAUGUACGUUGUUAUUCAUCUAUUCAAUCAAUAAGAAGAAUAUUAAGCA